AUGCUGUGGCUAGAAAUUCUUCAGUGCCAGAGCACUUGGGUUCCUGAUGCCAACAACUACCCAUUCACUGCUGACGGUUACCCCCGAACCCCUGGUAACAGCUGUACGAGUCAGGGCUUCUAUCUUUGUUGUGCGAGUGCCGCAACUUGCCCAGUGGUUUUCACUGGUUGUAAAGAGGUUACUGUAUAUUCGAGUACGAGAACUGUAUUGGCAACCGACAGCUGGGAUUACGACUUUAAUAUCCUCUACACCACUACUGAAGUUGUUCCAUGGACUUCUCUCGAUACCUCAUCUCCUGAUCCGAACAUACUGACCUGCGAGGCUCCUGGUGGUGGUUGCAUGACCUUCUAUCUCCAUUCAAGCAUCACGGCAUACCAUUGUACACUUCUGCCUUCGAGUGGACCCACGCCAGGACUUGCAUGGGGUGGUGGAACAAUAUUCACGACGACCGGCAGCAUUCUCAAAGACUUCAAUGACCUCAAAAGCGAAUACUCGGGGUCUACUAUAGAUCUCGAUGGCGGGCCUACAGUGUAUAGCUCGAAGCUCCCUCCAUAUGGGUACAGCAGCGAUUUCAACGCCCACAUGGCUUUGAUGCUCUGGCCAAAGACUGUUGAUGCUCCGGGAGCAGCUGGCGAUAGCAACUCCUACCGAAAUCUCAUCUUGGAACUUUGCAACACUGCACGCUUUAAGAAGUCCUGGCCUCCGUUACGUGCGUACUUGGUUCCGUGGAGUUGGCAGGUUGUCCCGGACUCAACCCGAUCGUCAGAAAUGAUAUGUCCUUCCACUACUGCGAAGCUCGGCUCCUUUGCUCUGAUCAACAUAUUAGUAGGAUGUUCAAGCUUGGUGCUUGGCCGACGGACCAUCGUGCAAAAAUUCACAUUCGGCUUCCUUGGCAAGCUGGGGUCGCCACACUGGGUUUUCAUGUCCAUCCUGAUUGUGACCCUAAAUCUGAUCGCCAACGUUGUCAACGCGCUUCUUCUACGCCGUGUACCGGGAUUCUCGAACGUCCCAAUCACUUCCUUGAUCAUCUUCUGGGUUUCUCGGCCUCGUCUGGCUUGGUUGGCUACAUGCUUGGCGAAUUUCGAGAGAGAGAAGGGCAUGUAUUUCUCGGCUGCUGCUUCGGCUUUCCUGACAGAAAUUAUACUCCAAACAAUUGGCGCUGCGUAUAUUGGUCAGGCUGUGUAUUUUGGCUCCGUCAAUGGUAUGUACAAGAUACGUUCUCAGACUCUUGACGAGACGUCAUAUAAAGGUGCUGCCAGAUUGUUUUAUGGGGGUGCUGUUUUAUGGAUGGCAAGUGUGGGUAUAUUUUAUGUUUAUGUCUUACUUGUUUUGGGGGUGGGAAAUGUUUUAGUUUCGGCCUUGAAGAGAAGCUUGAAAUGGCUCUUCGCAAAACUUGAGAGAGUACACAAGACUUUCAUUUCAGCUACGAAAAGGGUCACUCUAGCCUUGAAGCGACGCCGGAAAGCUACCUCUCUUGUGCAAGAAGACGAGCAAGUAGAAUCUAAGAACUGA